AUGUCCGUCGCGCAAGAGUUCGAGGCGGCCAACGCCCAGUAUGCGGCAUCCUUUACCAAAGGCAGCCUGGCGCUGCCCCCACAGCGUAUUAUACUGAUAGCCUUCAUAGAUCCCGCCCGUGCUCUCGGACUAGAAGAAGGCGAUGCCCAUGUCAUCCGCAACGCCGGCGGACGCGUGUCCGAUGCGCUGCGCAGUGUGAUUAUUUCGCAGCAGCUGCUCGGGACCCGCGAGAUUGUGAUUGUCCACCACACGGAUUGCGGAAUGCUCACCUUCACCGACGAUGUGAUCCGCAACAAGAUCCGGGCGGAUCUGCACCAGAGCGUGGACCAUAUUGCGUUUCUGCCUUUUGGGGAUCUCAGACAGAGUGUUCUUGAUGAUAUCCAGUUGCUGAAGGAUAGCCCGCUGGUGCUGGAUGUGCCUAUUACGGGGUAUUUGUAUGAGGUGGAAACGGGGAAGAUUGUCAAGGUUGAGAGU